AUGUAUCGAAUUAUAACUAAGGAACAAGACAACGAAUGGCAAGCAAUUGUAACUGUAGAAACUAAAUUAAGGUUAUAUGCGCAGGAUAGCUUUGAAAAAGAGUGUGGAGAUUUUCUUGAACAUCGUAUUGGUGGAAUGUAUCUUCUUCCUUACGACAAUAUUACCCAAAAUAAUUUGCUACUUUUGGCACAAUUGAGAGAUUGUGGAAUCAAAAUUGAUGCCAUCUAUCUCAGUACUCUAUUUGAUGCUGGUGAAACACAUCAAUGUCUUAUUAUUGAUUUGGAUGAAGAUAUAUUGAAGGAAUUGAGGAAAUUGAAUUUGGAUGACUAUUCUGUUCUGGAAAUGCGUAAUUGGUUAAGAGCACGCUAUCGUCCAUCAACUCACCGAUCUUUUGAAGAUGGCCAGGCAUGA